GGAAGUGGUCUAGGUCAGAGGAGACAUGAUCAGUCCUAACUUCCGGAAUUCGGUAGGCCUGUUGGGGAGCUUAAAUGAUGAGAGGCAGCGGAGCUCGCUUGUCCUGCGUCUGUUUGCUUUGAGCACUGCCGCCGGACCAACAGCUCACCAUGUUCCUGGCGCGCCUGACUUCACAGCUGGUCAGGACUGUUGUUCCCUGGGCAGGUUUCAGUCGUUCCUGCCCUGGCUCCGGGGUGAUUGGCAGCUAUGCUUUUCGACCCCUUUACAGUUUGCAGCCUGCAAGCCCAAGUCGGGCUGCCUCCCUCCCUGGUAAGAGGGCCCAGUUAGAGCUUGAGGAGUUCCUGGUCCCCAGGAAGAUGGCCAUCAGUCCUCUAGAAAGCUGGCUGACUGUUCAAUACUUAUUGCCCAAACUGAAUGUUGAGGUCCCAGUGACUCCGGCUCCCUCCCAAUUCUACGAAUGUCCACCUAGGCAGGGGGAGGAGGAAGCCCAGCAGGGAGUCAGGGAAGUCUGGGAUGCCACUCCAGUGCAGUGCAAAAAUGUGCUGAAGAUCCGAAGGCGAAAGAUGAACCACCACAAGUACCGUAAACUGGUCAAAAGGACACGGUUUCUACGACGGAAAGUCCGGGAAGGACGUUUGAAGAAGAAGCAGAUCAAAUUUGAGAAAGACUUGAAGCGCAUCUGGCUUAAGGCAGGCCUGAAGGAAGCCCCUGAGAACUGGCAGACCCCAAAGAUCUACCUGAAGAACAAAUAAGUCUGGGUUCCUGUCCCUCUGGCUCUCUUGCUGCUUCUGACCCAUUAUAAUAAACAUUGGAAGGACUCAAUUAUUCUA